UCUACUUCAAUUAAGCCUCGUGCAGCAAUCCCGACUUAAUGUACACAAACGUUUGCUUACUAAACUGAAACUUGUCCGAGUUUUGAAAAGCGCAGGAACUUCGUAGGAAGUGUGAACUAGCUCAGUGGCAGGAAGCCUAAAAUCUUAAACUAGCCAAUGGCUUCCUUAGCGACAUACUCCUCCUCUUAGUUUCUUUUAUUUUACGACGUUUCCUGUCAAUGUAAUUACGUUAUCAUUGGCCACUCCCAGCUUAUAAGUCACUAUAAAACCUUGUAGCCUCUCACUGAUGGUGAUUCGACCUCAUAUUCGCUUGUAUAGAACAAAUCAUGGAGAAUCGAAACGGUCAACAAAAACCACGCCAGCAAGUCCAAAACGCUCCAAAGACUUCCAACAGCUCAGGUUUCUCAAUCGAAAAUAUUCUGAAAGGAACCCGCAGUGAAAGACUGGCACCAACUUCAUCUAAUGAUGCAUUGAUUCUAGCUGAGAAAAUGGCAGAUAUCAUUCUCAAAGUAGCAGAUGGGCGCAAGAUUCGACGCACGCGCACUACCUUCAACCAAUUUCAGCUGGACACGCUUGAGAGAACAUUUUGUCGCACUCAUUACCCAGAUGUACUGUUAAGAGAGCAACUGGCGCUAUAUACAAACCUACCGGAGUCACGUAUACAGGUUUGGUUUAAGAAUCGCAGAGCGAAAUAUCGCAAAGCGAAAGAAUCAUCACCAGCAAGCUCUUCGUCGAUAACAGACGAGACAGACAAAGAAACUACUGAAGAUUCUCCGGCCUUACCAGACAGUACAGAGUUAAGCCAAUCAGAUAACCAAUACAUCGUACUCGACAAGGCCAAUGCUGAUUUCUUCAGAGCAGCACACGGAACUCCAUUACGUCCGACACCCAUUCAUUCGAUAGGACCUAUGUAUGGGUACCCUGUGUCACCAUAUAUGGACCCUCGGUUAAUUCCGAACGGUCGUUUUACAUUAGACUGGCCAAGUAUGCAUAGUGUAAUACAUUAUUAGCGAUAGGAUAGUCGCUUGUUACUUAUAUAAUCACUGUUGUAUUUAAGUUUUUUUUCUUGACAAAUAU